AUGGGAUACCUUUUCAAGCUUUGCUGUUCAGGUUCGCCAUUUACCUGUCAACUCGUGUCUGCCGCCCAAGCGUCAGCUUCGGGCACAGGACUUGAGCGAGUUCCUGUCGAUGAAAUCACUGAGAUCAAAAUCCAAACCAGUGCAUCAGACGCUCAACCUGAGGUCCGAGUCCGCGAUCCGCAAGGUAACGACCUUCCCGUGGAGAUUAAUCGUAGCCGGCAAGACGAGACGCUUUACAUAGCCACAUAUAUGCCAAAAUGCGUCGGAAAUCAUCAGGUGGGCCAGAAACGUGGUUUCACGAUAGCGAAUCCAGGUGGUCGUGCCGCUGAAUGCAACGUCGUCGUCAUCGGUACUCAUGAAAUAAAUAUUUAUACUGAUAAAGAAAAAGUAAAUGAGAUGCCCAUACUGUUGGCCGUAGGAGCUGGAAAAGCCUCGUUCCCAUCGACCUGUCUUGUUGGAAGGCGAUACUCAUUUGAUGUUGAGGCUGAUAAUAAAGAUGCUGUACGGGUGGAUAUUCGUGAUCCCCAUGGGCGAUCACUCCCUGUACAGAUUGAACAGCUGCCAGACAAACUUGUUCGAGCUUCUUGUCGUUUCCGAGAGGUCGGUACGCAUACGAUUGAUACAUUCGUAUCGGAACGUCCAGUUGGUAGCAGAAUACAUCAACGGGUCCUUGAUCCCGUAAAUGCCGUACAGCUUGUGUCUGAACUGAAAAAAGAAGUAGUCAGUGAACGUGCCGAACAUAAGAUUCUUAUCGUAUCCGGCCUCGAAGACGAAGUCGACGUCACCGUAAGAGAUCGUGAUCAUAACGUUCAAGCGGUAACCCUGAGUAAAAUCUCUGACGCACUCUGGACUGCUUCAUGGAUGCCAAAGACCGAAGGGGGCCACGAAUUGGCAAUCUCCGUCGCCGGUAUGCCUAUCGCCGGGUCGCCGUUUCACGUUCCAGUUCUCGAUCCAUCAGCAGUGAGAGUGAUAGGUUUGAGAAAUGACUGUGUUGGAGUGGAACAGCACUUUAACGGUACGCGGCCAAUCUUAAGUAGUAAAAAGUUGUUGGCCAAAAAAAGUUGUUACUGGGGUGUUGGUGCCGUUUCAGUGGACUAUACUCAAAGUGGUGCAUUGUCGGCUUCUGUAGAAAUUCGACGUGGCUCAAAUUCAGUACCAUGUGCUGUAAAACGAGUUAAACCUGGCCUGUUGAUGUGUACAUUUACACCGACAGUAAGCGGUGUGUACAUGAUCGAUGUUCAUAUUGACGGAUUGAUUCUACCAGAGUGCCCGUACGAGUGCAACAUAAGUUCCUCCGGUGCGGUUCGCGCGAGCGGUGACGCGUUGCGUCGCGCGCAGCGUGGCCGUAUCGCUCGUUUUGAGGUGUCGCUUAAUAAUGCGACACGUGGUGAGCUUGACGUGAUGAUAUCAGAUCCUAAUGGUGGACCAUUACCGGUACGAUGUUAUCGACAACAAGAUGAUAGCUAUUGGGUUGAAUUCACUCCAGAACAAACUGGAACCCACACAAUUGAAGUGACUUUUGGUGACGUUCCUGUAGCCGGUUCACCCUUCCGAUGUGAAGUGGUGGAUCCAAAGAAGGUGAAAGUCCGGGGAUUAAGCGAUGGCCUUCAUCUCCGCCACGUGACCACCAUCGAUGUUGAUCGUCGACAGGCCGGAGAUGGGGAGCUCACAGUUGAAAUAUGCGAUCCAACAGGAACGCCCCUGAAGGUAGAAACACUGAAAUCUCCCAGUGGUGAAGACAGGAUUACAUUCCUACCAAAUCAAACUGGGCCACAUAAAGUUAACGUGAAAGUAGCCGGAUUUCAAAUACCGGGAUAUCCUCAAACUGUAGUUGUAUCCGAACAACCCCAACCUGGUGUCUAUGGUGCAGCUGUGGAUCAUUCUAUCAAAAUUGACGAGCCUGCCAGCCUCAUUUUUGAUCCGAAAGGUGCUAAUGGUGGGCUG